GUCAGAUCACUGCAGACUCUGAGUAGUCAAAAAUAAGGAAUACCUCCACUAGGCGGCGCCUAUUAUUAUUGCAGGAAACGUUAACUUUUAAAAAACGAAAAGAAAAGAAAGAAAAAUACCCGUUAGAAAUUAUACUUAUCGUCGCUUCUGAGCAAAUUAUAAGUGAGAUAUUAUUUCUCAAGCGAAAGUAAAGGCUACUUCGAACAAAAUGCAGGCUGCACGGCAAAGCUGCUCUUGUCUCACCGGGGUAAUUGUUCAAAGCCGGACCAACUUCCUUCUGAGCUCCAGUAAGAUGGCUUCUUUGCGGAGAGGACUGUCCUAUAUCAACUUUAUCAGAAACACUGUAUGUGCCCUGGGCAGUAACAAAUUGACUCGUCAACAGUUUCUCCGUCUUCCCGAGACCGUGCGAAAAAACGGUGUGCCCUUCAGCGUUGGUAGUGGAUUGUGCUCCGUUCCCUUCACACAGCAAGCUGAACAACUCUCUCACGAAGCCCUGAUCCGAAGAGCAUCCAACCUGGUCACGGACAGCGCAAACACCUACCUGUCUCAGACCACUCUGGCCCUGGUGGACUCUCUUACACAGUAUGCCAAAACACUGCACACCCUCAUUGCCCUGCAGAGGCGGUACUUGGCCUCCCUCGGUAAGAUGACCCCUGCGGAGGAGGACAGCAUUUGGCAGGUGAUCAUUGGCCAGCGCGUUGAGGUGGGUGACAGACUGGAUGCUUGCAACCGAUUUGAAAUCAACUGGAUUAACGCCAUCAACAUCUGUGAAAUGGCAGCAGAGGCAGCAUAUACCUCAGGAGCAGAACAUGCGUCGGUCACAGUGAAGAGCCACAUCCAGAUGGCCCAGGCCCAGGUGCAGGAAAGCAGGCAGCUCACCAAGGACGCCGAGAAGAAGCUGGCCGAGAUCAAGGCCGAUGAGAUCCAGAGGAUGGCUGAGUACGCCAACACCCGUGACAUCAACGUGGAGGACAUGCCUGAGGCCUACCUGAGGGAAGACUGAAACGGUCAACUCGCAGCACCACAGAAUAACUACAGGACCUAAUGUCCAAACCAUUUAUACUGCACUGUGAAACUUUUAAGGAUACACAGUCCAGUGAAUAGUCACAGAGUUGGCUACUGGUUGCUUAUGUGCAGGUAAACAAGUGCCAUAGGUAGUAUGAUGCCUCUCAGUCAUGCACAUGACUGCAAAGAGAUAUAGACUGUUAUGUCCUCUAACUGGCUUUUUAAUGUUAAGUAUUUUAAGAUGACUUUUCAGGAGUUUUUGGAAUCAGAUGUAAUGUUCAAUUCAUUCUGAUGUUGUACUCUCAAAAUGUAUUAUGCCUUACAGAUUUUUUUUUCAAUUAUACACAUAUUUGAAUAUCAAAAAAAUUCAAAUGUAUUGAAUAUUACAUUUUCAUCAAUUGGGAGUUAUCAAAGAAGCUAAAUAGUUAGAAUUCUAAGUUUGAAUGUAUGACAUUUACACAAAAUUGUGAUUCUUUUAUUUACCUAUUUAAGAUACUUUUGGUUUGGUUUUGAAUAUUUAAACAAAGUAAUCUGCUAUCAGGUUACUUUAAAUACAAAUUCAACAAAAGUGUGUAUUGUUUGAGUUGAGUUAAGAUGUAUUUUGAGGACGUUGUUGUCGUUCAUGCAAUAUGUUUAAGGUGUUUUGUCAUCAUUUUGAACACUUGUGAUGUCCUAAAUCAUGUGUAUAAGCUAAUAUUUAAUAAAGAGACUAUUUUUAUACA